AUGACGAGUUCCGAUGAUACGCCAAUCUUAUAUUCAUAUUAUCGAAGUUCAUGUGCCUAUCGAGUUCGAAUCGCAUUGAAUUUGAAAAAUAUUCCUUUCAUAAUCCAUCCAGUUAAUCUUCUCAAAGGCGAAACAUCAACUGAAGAACACAAAAAACUCAAUCCAAAAGGCGAAAUUCCAGUGCUUAUCAUUGAUGGGAAAAAACUUGCUCAAUCAAUUCCUAUUAUUGAAUAUAUUGAUGAAACAUAUCAAACAGAACCGAGAAUUUUACCGCAAGACCCUUAUCAACGUUAUCAGGCUCGUUUGAUUGCCGAAAUAAUUGCAUCCGGCAUUCAGCCAUUACAAAAUUUAUGUGUUUUAAAACGUAUUGGCGAAGAGAAAAGUGCUGCAUGGGCUCAUGAUUUUAUUAAAAAAGGACUUGAUGCGAUUGAAAAAGCUCUUGAAGAAUCAGCAGGAAAAUAUUGUGUAGGUGAUCAAGUGACAAUAGCUGACUGUUGUCUUGUACCUCAACUUUAUAAUGCACGACGAUUCAAAGUUGAUUUAACUCCGUAUCCAUUAAUGACAGCGAUCGACGAACGAUUAAAUGAACUUUCAGCAUUCAAAGAUGCACAUCCAAAUUGUCAAGUUGAUUAUCCUGGAGAAAAAAAUUGA